AUGGAGGAAUCCCAGAGAGGGAUGAAUGAUGCAAUCAAAAAGGCUGUCACCGAUGCACUAAUUGAUCUCAAGCUUGGUAGCAGCAUGGAGAGGUUGGAUAGGCGGAUAUCUACUUUAACCGAUAAGGUUACAGAGUUAGAAAACCGUCUACCAAAUGAGGAAGAUAUGGGAGGAAACAACUCGAAUGAAGAUGCUAUUUUUGAUGAGGAUGGAAACAUAGAUGCUGCAGCCACCCGAACAGCGAUGCUACGACAUCGUCUACGUGAGAACAGGAGAGGUAUGGGAGGUCAUCGACAUCAAGGUCAUGCCCAACAUGCUCCCGAUGAUCCUUAUGCUAAGUUUGCUAUGCUUGCAGAGAAGGAAUUGCAGGGACGUGAGCAGCAAGGCAGGGGCAAGUCCACCACCUCCUACACGCCACGAACAACGACAUCAACGGGGCUGAACAAGUCUGCAACUUUCCGGAUGCCACCACCACCAGCUAGCAAGCGACCAGCAGCUUCGGGAGUUGCUGCAGUGCCCACACGGUCCUCCGAUUUAGGUAAAAAUUCUGCGCAGGUACCCGCAAAGAGUUCAUCAUCCAUGGCAUCAACGGGGCGCACCUCUGGCAUCCAAUGCCACCGUUGCCAUGGGCUUGGCCAUGUGCAGAAGGACUGCCCAAGUCAGCGAGCAUACAUUGCUACAGAGGAUGGCUACAUCAGCACCUCUGACAUUGAAGAUGAAGAAGAGAAAGAAAAUGAUGAUGGUGAAGAAGAGAUCCUUGGCGGAGAGGAUACAGCGACCUAUAGGAGCGCCAUUGUUCAGCGGGUGCUCAACACACAAGUGCAACAGCCCGACCAGCUGCAACGCCACAAUCUAUUUCAGAUUUUCUUCGUCAUCAACAACCGACGUGUGCGAGUCAUUAUUGAUGGAGGUAGUUGCAAUAAUUUGGUAAGUUCUGAGUUGAUCAAGAAGCUUGGCUUGACCACACGGCCACACCGACAUCCAUACCAUAUUCAGUGGCUAAAUGAUUCGGGAAAAGCUAAGGUAACACAAACUUGCAGAGUUUCUUUUUCCAUUGGGUCAUAUUCAGAUUCGGUUGAUUGUGAUGUGGUACCUAUGCAAGCUUGUUCCCUUUUGUUGGGUAGGCCUUGGGAACAUGAUAAUGAUGCCACACACCAUGGUAGAAGUAACAAAUACACCUUUGUGCAUAAAGGAAAGAAAUAUACUUUGCUACCUUUGACCCCUGCUGAAAUUGUACAAGCUGAGAAAGAGCGAGCUGCUAGUUUGAAUGACACAAAAUCUGAAAAUCAACAAGUAGCAAAAUCUGAUUUUCCACAUAAAAGGGAUAAACCUGCACCUAAUUCUAAGAACGAGGGCAUUAAAUUGAAGGGUGGAGUUAUGCUUGCAACAAAAUGUGACAUUGCUGAAAUUUCUGUAGAUGAUGUUUGCUAUGCCUUCCUUUGCAAACAAGCUUUGUUUUCACUUGAUGAUAUCUCUAGCUCGAUACCUCCUACUGUCACUAACCUUUUGCAGGAGUACGAGGAUGCUUUUCCAGCUGAGAGAGGGACGAAGCGCAUGGAGGAGGGCUGA